AUUUACUUUCAACUGACCUACUGGUCUAGCGCGGUUUCAAUCUCUACUGUUCUAACGCGGUUUCCUUCUCUGCUGGUCUAACGCGGUUUCCUUCCAUUACCCUUUCACACGGCAUGCCCCCAGAGAUUACGUAUCACGCCAAUAGGUGUUGGGAGAAGCAAACCCCACAAAGCAUUUCUUUCAACUGAUCUACUGGUCUAACGCGGUUUCAAUCUCUACUGUUCUAACGCGGUUUCCUUCUCUGCUGGUCUAACGCGGUUUCCUUCCAUUACCCUUUCACACGGCAUGCCCCCAGAGAUUACGUAUCACGCCAAUAGGUGUUGGGAGAAGCAAACCCCACAAAGCAUUUACUUUCAACUGACCUACUGGUCUAGCGCGGUUUCAAUCUCUACUGUUCUAACGCGGUUUCCUUCUCUGCUGGUCUAACGCGGUUUCCUUCCAUUACCCUUUCACACGGCAUGCCCCCAGAGAUUACGUAUCACGCCAAUAGGUGUUGGGAGAAGCAAACCCCACAAAGCAUUUCUUUCAACUGAUCUACUGGUCUAACGCGGCAGCAGAAGCACUUCUUUGCCCAAAAUACUCCAAGUUUUGCUGUGAGACUUGGCUCCAAUUACAUCAACAAGAUCACCAUCACUUGUCACUGUGUUUGGUUAUUAUUAUUGGUUAUUCUCUUGUUCAGAUUUCUCACAGCUGUAUUCUUCAAUUAUAGCUAUGGUUUCAUUUCAGAUUUGCAAUUAAGCAAAUUUAGCUUUAUUAUUCAAUUGUAGUUUAUAACAUUAUCUCUCAGAAUUUCUGUCGUUUUGUUGAUGGAGUUUUUGGAAUUGUAUAAAUCAAUUAUGGAACUUUUUCUUUCCUACAGGAUAAUUUAGAAUUCAGGACUCAUAUCUCAGACUUUGGGUCUCUAGUACUGCUGCAAUGGCUUUUGCUUCUUCUUCUUCUUCUCAAGGGAGCUAUGAUGUGUUCUUGAGCUUUAGAGGAGAAGACACCCGCAAUAACUUCACUGCCCAUCUCUGUCAAGAGUUGCGCACUAAAGGAAUCAACACUUUCAGAGAUGAUGACAAGCUUGAGAGAGGCUGGGUCAUAUCUCCUGCUCUUGUUACAGCUAUUGAGAACUCCAUGUUUUCCAUCAUUGUUUUAUCAGAAAAUUAUGCAUCUUCUAAAUGGUGUCUGGAGGAGCUUGCAAAGAUACUAGAGUGCAUGAAAACCAGGGGACAGAGGGUUCUCCCAAUUUUCUAUAAUGUGGAUCCCUCAGAUGUGAGAAAUCAUAGGGGAAAAUUUGGAGCAGCCUUAGCUGAACAUGAGAAGAAUUUGACAGAGAAUAUGGAGAGGGUGCAGAUUUGGAAGGAUGCUCUCACUCAAGUUGCAAAUUUAUCUGGUUGGGAAUCAAGGAAUAAGAAUGAGCCUCUACUAAUCAAGGAAAUCGUUAAGCAUGUUUUGAAUAAAUUGUUGAAUAUAUGUAUUGGUGAUACUGAGAAACUGGUUGGAAUAGAUGCUCGCAUACGAGAAAUAAAAAUGCGAUUAUGUUUGGAAUCAGAUGAUGUUCGUAUGAUGGGAAUUUGGGGCAUGGGCGGAAUAGGGAAAACAACCCUUGCUAGAGCUCUUUACAACAAAAUCUCAAGGCAAUUUGAAGCACACUCUUUUUUGGAAGAUGUUGGAAAGAUUUUGGCUAAUGAGGGUUUAAUCAAAUUACAACAAAUAUUUCUUUCUAGCCUAUUGGAGGAAAAAGAUCUAAAUAUGAAAGAACUCACAUCUAUAAAGGCUAGACUCCAUUCAAAAAAGGUCCUUGUUGUUCUCGACAAUGUGAAUGAUCCAACAAUAUUUGAGUGCUUAAUUGGAAAUCAGGAUUGGUUUGGUCGAGGAAGUAGAAUUAUUAUAACGGCUAGAGAUAAAUGUUUGUUAAUUUCACAUGGUGUUGAUUAUUAUGAGGUCCCAAAAUUUAAUUCAAAUGAAGCUUAUGAGUUCAUUAAACGUCAUUCGUUAAAACAUGAACUUCUUCGAGGUGAUUUCAUGGAGCUUUCAACAUCAAUGAUAGGUUAUGCUCAAGGCCUUCCAUUGGCUCUGAAAAUUUUACGUCCUAUGUUAUUUAGCAUGAGCAAAGAAGAAUCAAGAAAUCAAUUAGACAAACUGAAAAGUACUCUUAAUAAGAAAAUUGAGGAAGUACUUAGAAUCAGUUACGAUGGGUUAGAUGAUAAAGAGAAGAAUAUAUUUUUGGAUAUUGCAUGUUUCUUUAAAGGAGAAGAUAAAGAUUAUGUAAUUGAAAUAUUGGACGGUUGUGGCUUUUUCCCAUUAUGUGGAAUAAGGUCUCUCAUUGAUAAAUGUUUGAUAAGUAUUUAUAGGAAUACGCUUAAGAUGCAUGACUUAAUACAAGAAAUGGGUAUGGACAUUGUUCGCCAACAAUCUCAAGAGCUCGGCAAACGUAGCAGAUUGUGGUUACAUGAAGAUAUCUCUGAUGUAUUGAAAAAAAAUUCGGGAAGUGAAAAAAUUGAAGGCAUAUUCCUCAACUUGUUUCAUUUACAAGAGACAAUAGACUUUACCACACAAGCCUUUGCAGGGAUGAGUAAACUUAGAUUCCUCAAAGUCUAUCAAUCUCCCAAAAUUUCAAGAAACUUUGAAGAUACCUUUAUGAAGGAGAAUUUUAAAGUUCGUUUCUCUUCGAGUUUUAAUACCUUUAAGAAGGAGAAUUUUAAAGUUCGUUUCUCUUCGAGUUUUAAAUUUUGUUACGAUGAAUUGAGGUACUUAGAUUUGUAUGGAUACUCCUUGAAAUCAUUGCCUAAUGAUUUCAAUGCAAAGAAUCUUGUUCACCUCAGCAUGCCUUGUAGCCGCAUUGAACAACUUUGGAAAGGAAUCAAGGUUCUUGAUAAGUUGAAAUGCAUGGAUCUUAGUCACUCUAAGUACUUAAAAGAAACCCCAAAUCUCUCAAGAGUCACCAACCUGGAACGGUUAGUUUUAAAAGAUUGUGUGUCUCUAUGUAAGGUUCACCCAUCACUUAGAGAUUUGAAGAGUCUCAAAUUUUUGAGUUUGAAAAACUGCAAAAUGCUCAAGAGUCUUCCAAGCGGCCCUUAUGACUUGAAAUCCCUUGAAACAUUGAUUCUUUCCGGCUGCUCAAAAUUUGAACAAUUUCCGGAGAACUUUGGGAACUUAGAAAUGUUAAAGGAACUUUAUGCAGAUGGAACUGCACUAAGAGAACUACCCUCCUCUUUGUCUUCGUUGAGAAACCUUGAGAUAUUAUCUUUUGUGGGAUGUAAGGGACCACCAUCCGCCUCAUGGUUGUUUCCAAGAAGAAGUUCCAAUUCCACUGGUUUCAAAUUGCAUAAUUUGUCAGGCUUAUGCUCCUUAAGAAAGCUAGACCUAAGUGACUCCAAUUUGUCAGAUGAAACAAACCUUAGUAGUCUUGUUUUCUUAUCUUCAUUGGAAGCUUUAAGUUUAUGUGGGAACAACUUUGUUACGUUGCCAAACCUCAGUCGACUUUCACGCUUGGAACAUUUUCUGUUAGCAAAUUGCACAAGACUUCAAGAACUGCCAGAUCUCCCAUCAAGCAUUGUUCAUGUGGAUGCAAGAAAUUGCACAUCAUUGAAAAAUGUCUCGCCUCGAAAUGUCCAGCCAAUCCUUCUAAAGUAUGAUGACACAAAAUUGGUUCGAAACCUCAUUUGGGCAUUAGCAGUGUUGACUCCUGGGAGUAGACUACCAGAUUGGAUAAGGUAUCAGAGCUUCGGGAAGGAAGUAAUAGCAGAGCUACCUCCAAAUUGGUUUAAUUCCAACUUCCUGGGUUUUUGGUUUGCAACCGUCAUUCCCAAGUUUAAUAUGCACCUUGAAUGUGUACGUGUGGCAGAGUGUUCCAUUUCAAGAUCCAGUGACUUUCCUCACGACUUCAGAGUCUAUCCUUAUUCGAUGUUUAUGCGGUUAGAUCAUCACAUUCACAUGCUAAUGGUGGAUCACGUAGAACUGCUUUAUGUACCACUUUCUUCCUUCAGCCAUUGCGAUAUGGGUCACAUCAAUUGGCAUAAAGUGACUCAUAUCAAGGCAUCGUUUCUUGGCCAUCUUGGUGAAGUUAUGUGGCAUGGAAUUGGUCUGGCGUACAGUAAUGAAGAUGUGAAUCACAACAACCCCCCAAUGAUCCAAUUCGGCUCUAUUUCCUCUGCUUCCUCUCCUCCUAAUAAGUCAACAGUUGUCCUUACAGAAAUCCAUGAUGAGGAACCCAGUGGAAGUGUUGAUGGCUCGGAAUUGGAUAAUUCUGGGUACUAUACUGCUGACGAGGGGGAACCAGCUGAAACUGCUUGCUCUAAGGAUCCGUCUGAAUCAGAGAUGCAGCCACAGAAACGCUUGAAAUGCAGCCAUUUUCAGGACAUCCCUUGACGGCAAGGAAAAUGCGUGAUAUGCACCCAAAUCUUCCCAUAACAUCUCUUGGUGAGUUGUUGACGAUUCAAGGAUGAAGAAUUUUGCUGAAAAUAUUAGAAGAACGAUUAAAAUAACUGAGAAGGAUUCACACCUUUUGAUUUAUUUUCUGCUAUGGUAAUAUGUACAGGUGCUGGAAGCAAAUUACUUUGGCAGUGCAGAUUCUGGUUUGCUGGAACUGGAAAUUAUUCUGGCUGUGCACUGAUUCUGAUUUGCUGGAAAUUAUCAUGGCAGAGUUUUGGGACAAAAUAGUAUUUUCUUGUAAAAGAAUAUAAGUUUUGUCCCAUUGCAAAAUUUAUGUUCAAAGUAGUCCUUUUAUUGACACCGUGGUGUAAUUAAUUUUUUUUUUUUCUUAGUUCAAAAUUUAAGUUGAGGCUUCA